AUGCUUUUUCCAGCAGCUACCCUUCUUACUUUCCUUCCACUGAUUCUACAAGCCUCAGCGCAGUCAAGCGGAAAAACAACCCGUUACUGGGACUGUUGCAAAGCGUCAUGCGGAUGGAAAGGCAAAACCACCCUCGCAUCUGGUUCAACCCCCGUCGGUUCUUGCGAUAAACAAGAUAAACCUCUCACAGAUUUCGAGGCGGUUUCAGGUUGCAACAAUGGAGGAGCAUAUAUGUGCUCGAACCAAAGUCCUUGGGCUGUGAGCGAGACUUUGGCAUAUGGAUUCGCAGCAACCUCACUUUCGGGUGGGACUGAGAGCUCGUGGUGUUGUGCUUGUUAUGAGUUGACUUUCACGAGUGGUGCUGUGAAGGGGAAGAAGAUGAUUGUGCAGUCUACUAAUACUGGUAGUGAUCUGGGCAACAAUCAUUUUGAUCUUGCGAUGCCCGGUGGAGGGUUUGGUAUUUUCAAUGGGUGCACCGCUGAGUGGGGAAAUCCAUCAACAGGUUGGGGAGCACAAUAUGGCGGAAUCUCAUCUCGAUCGCAAUGUGACGCCUUCCCAGCAGCCCUCAAAGCAGGGUGUUACUGGCGAUAUGACUGGUUUGGCAACUCAGACAAUCCAGAUAUUACAUUCAAGCAGGUUACUUGUCCUGCAGCUCUUACAGCUAAAACGGGUUGUGUAAGAAACGGAGAAAUCCCAACAGGCCCAGACAAUGUGCCUACAUGGAGUCAAGGCUCUAGUACACCAACAGCUACUUCCACAUCAACUAGUACCUCGAAAGCUACAUCAAGCUCAACAAGCACUUUCAAAGCUACAACAAGCUCAACAACCACUUCUGUUGGUGCAGGUAGCACUCCACCAGCAAGUGGAGGCACGGUUCAGCAAUAUGGACAGUGUGGUGGAAAGACAUAUAGCGGGCCUACAGCAUGUGUGGCUCCAUAUACAUGCAAGUUCUUAGGGGAAUAUUACUCGCAAUGCAUAUAG